AUGUUUCUUAAGAAAUUAAUCUUGAUUUUAAAAACGGAAGAGCUGGCUAGGGAUCAUAUCGGUUUGAAGGUUUGUGGCCGUAGAUACUGUAUUGUGCCAGAGAAUGAUCAGGCUCAAAAAACUGCAAUAGCACUCAAGGAUGAAGUGGCUAGUGUUUGGCUUGAGGUAAACAAAACCCUUGAUGUGAUUCGAGAUACAGUUGAUGAGGAAUCUGUAGCUAAAGAAGCUGUUCAAAAGGCUACAAUGGCGUUGGCUCUGGCUGAAGCAAGGCUUCAGGUUGUAGUGGAAUCACUUGGAGCAGGUGGAGGCCCUGAAGCAUCUGAAGAAACUGAGAAAAGAGAUGAUAGCAAAAAAGAAGAGUUGCAGAAGGAAGUGGACAAGUUGAAUAAGUUUGCUGGAACUAUACAGAUUAGUGCGUUGAAAGCCGAGGAAGAUGUUGCUACUCAACGCGUUAACGAUGGAGAUAUUGCUUUGCAAAGAGCAGAGAAUGCUACUCUCGGUCAGCUGGUUGGAAAGAAGAAACGUAAGGGUUCACAUUCACGGCAAAGACGAGAACAACGACGAAGACGAGAAGACACACCACCAAUGGUUCCUGAUUUAGAUUUCCCAGAGAACAAACAAGAGAUAGACUUGAAUGAUCCACGGGGACUUUCAAUGGAAGAGACAUCAGUGCUUCUCAACUCUGAUCAGGCGGAAACAUGUCUAGGAAACUGCAGAGACAGAAUCCGUGAGGUGACGAGUACGAUUACGGGAGAUGGCGACUUUAGGCUCUCUGAUUCUGAUGAUGGCACACUAUUCUUACACUGGACACCUCGAAAACCAGGUUUAGAAUUCUUAUCCAAUGAGGAAACUAUUAAAGUUAUCGAGAUUGCCACAGGGUUCAUCAGAGACCAACAUAUUCACCCUUUAUGUUGGGCCUUCGUCUUGAAUGAUAUGAUCAGUUCUUCAUUGGUGUUGCACGGGCUGGAAGAUGAGUAUGUUCCUUUAAGUCAAGUUUUUCUAGCUGAAAACAUUUCUAAAGAUAAAUUCGGAGAAUUGAUCAGUGAAGAUUCAGAUUUAGAGGAUUCCUCUACUCAUAGUUGUUACGACGAGGUGAUGUAUAGUGCGUUGAGGGCUGCGAAAGACCUUGAAGGGGUACCACAAGCAACCAAGAAGGAAUUAACAAGAGAAUACAACUGCAACACAAGAGGGCCCGUUUCUUCUACUGAAAAGAAGUAUGGCGGCAUAACUGGUGUUUUUCGGUAUGACACUUUAGAGGAUGCUUUGGAGCGGUUAAAAACGCAUCCAGUUGCAGCAUCCUUAUCUUGUUUUGGUGAUUGGGAGGAAGAGGAUAUAAUUACUGGGGAAGGGAGAUUCAAGGGUGUACAUGAAGUCCUCAUGUUAGAUUGCAGACUUUAUAAAGGAACCGUAGUUGUGAGAUGCAAAUCGAGUACUGGUAGAGACACUGGUCAUGAUGGAUACCUUUAUGUCUCUCUGGAAGUAAUGUUUACCAGAGUUGGCGGCACAAGAAUGGUGGCUUUUUCGUGUCCUAAAAAGCCAGAGUAUCUUCUCUCUGAGUUUUUCUCGAUAGACAUGCGUAUGGGUGCAAAUCCACAGUUUCAACAAACCGAAGAACAGAGAAAGAAAAAUCUCAAAUUUAAGAUCAAUUUUGAAAAGGAGGCGAAAGAUCUCAAAGAUGGAUCUCGAAGCGCGAUGUGUACUUCUGGUUCUUCUAGAUAUCUAGGUCAAACUUCAGGGAUGGAUGGAGCUGAGUUCGCCACAAAAGACCAUGUUAUACAUGACUGCUUUGGAGAAGAAUCAUGUAUCAAAGUUCCUUAUCUGGGUGCUGUUUCAUACUUGACGCUGGCUGUUCUUCUCAGUUGUGCCUUCAUGUAUGACAUCCUCUGGGGUUUUGUGUCAAAAUGGUGGUUCCGUGAAAGGGUGAUUAUUGUGGUCAAUGAGGAAGAAGCUUCACUUUUGGAUUUCUUGUGGUUACUGCUAGCAAGCGUCAUAUUUGUGCCUCUAUUUCAGAAAAUUCCUCGAGUUACUGGUUUUGCAAUCAUGUUGCUUAGAGAUUUUUGUGCUGUCUUGAUGGCUUCAUCUGCUGCUAUGUAUUUGGCAGCUGGAAUUCUGAUUGGUCCUUAUGGUCUUUCAAUAAUUCGGAAUGUGCACGCAACCAAGGCCAUCACAGAAUUUGGAGUUGUUUUCUUGCUUUUCAACAUUAGCCUUGAGAUUGGAUUUCAAGCCAUUGCUGAAGCUCUUGGACUUGCUGGAGUCAAAGCAGUAGUUGCUAUUACUGCCAUAGUUUUUGGUGGCCGUCUUCUUGAUCGGUCAAUCUACAAGCAAGUUGCAGAAAAUCGGAACGCCAAUACACUUCUAGUGACUAGUUUACUGACAGCUAUGGCCGGGCUUUCCAUGGCAUUAGGAGCGUUCUUGGCUGGUCUACUCCUUGCAGAGACAGAAUUUUCCUUGCGAGUAGAAUCAGAUAUUGCUCCAUAUCGUGGUCUUCUAAUGGGACUCUUCUUCAUGACGGUUGGCAUGUCUAUUGAUCCGAAACUUCUUCUCUCUAAAUUCCCUGUCGUAAUGGGAACUUUGGGGCUCUUGCUAGUGGGCAAGACUAUCUUAGUCGUGAGCAUGGGAAAGUUGUUCGGCAUUUCAAUCAGAGCCGGUCUUCUUCUGGCUCCAGGCGGAGAGUUUGCAUUUGUUGCUUUCGGAGAAGCAGUCAAUCAGGGUAUAAUGUCUCCUAAGUUGUCUUCGUUGCUGUUUCUUGUCGUGGGAAUCUCAAUGGCUAUCACUCCUUGGUUAGCUGGUGGUGGCCAGUUUAUUGCAUCCCGAUUGGAGUUGCAUGAUGUUCGAAGUUUAUUGCCGGUUGAAAGUGAGGAUCACAUAAUUAUCUGUGGAUUUGGACGAAUUGGUCAGAUAAUUGCCCAGCUUCUUUCAGAAAGACUCAUCCCAUUUGUUGCCCUCGAUGUCAGCAGUGAAAGAGUGACUAUAGCGCGUUCCUUGGAUCUCCCUGUUUAUUUUGGAGACGCUGGUAGUAGAGAGGUUCUCCACAAAAUUGGAGCUGACAGAGCAUGUGCUGCUGUGGUUGCGUUAGACGCUCCAGGAGCAAAUUACAGAUGUGUCUGGGCUUUGAGCAAGUAUUACCCCAAUGUCAAAACCUUUGUUCGUGCACACGACGUUGUUCAUGGUCUUAAUCUAGAAAAAGCCGGUGCUACUGCUGUUGUCCCGGAGACUCUGGAGCCAAGUCUACAGUUGGCAGCUGCUGUUCUUGCUCAGGUCAAAUUACCGACAUCAGAAAUCGCAAACACGAUCAACGAGUUCAGAACGCGUCACCUGUCUGAACUAACCGAGCUAUGUGAAGCUAACGGAAGCUCUCUAGGCUACGGUUUCUCGAGGACGACAAGUAAACCUAAACAGUCAGAUUCAUCUGACGAUAACCAGAUAAUCGAGGGAGGCACACUCGCUAUCUGA